AUGAUGACCACGGACACAAUCGGUGGUCUUUAUGGUGGUCGUUUAGUCAUCGGAUUUGGGAAUGGGUUUCUUAUGACAUUCUCUCAACUUUACAUCCAGGAGUGCUCGUCCGCUCGUUACCGUGGUCUCAUGCUCGGCUGGUUCCAAUUCUGGACAUCAUUCGGAUCUCUCAUCGGAACUAUUGUGGAUAAUUUUACCGAAAAGUCGACUGGAAAAAGCAGUUAUAUCAUUCCACUAGGGAUCAUCUUCAUUAUACCCGCAAUCCUAUGCGUGGGCAUGAUAUUCAUCCCAGAAUCCCCUCGUUGGUUGCUCCAAAAUGGCAAUCUUGCAAAGGCUGAAGAAUCCUUGAUCUGGUUGAGACCCGACAGAAACACUGUGAAUAAAGAGAUCGUCGAUAUUCAGCAUGCUAUUGAGCUGGAGAAUAAUCUGUCGGGUGCAUCUGUAUGGGAUAUGUUCACCAACCCUGUUGAUCGUCGUCGAACGAUCCUGGCUGUUGCUGGGGUCAGUACUCAGGCUGCUUCAGGAGCUAUGUAUAUGAUCUCGUACGGCACUUACUUCUUCGAAAUGGCCGAGGUUGGAAAUGCCUUUGAGAAUAGCUGCAUUCUCACUGCACUGGGGGUGGUAGCAAUUUUGCUCAACAUUUUAGUCGUUACUCACAUUGGUCGUCGAAGACUCUUCUUAACCGUUGGUCUUAUCAUUUGUGGAUUUAGCCAGCUCAUGUCAGCGGCUGUGUAUACCGUCAACCCCGGGACACCUACUACGGGCAAAGUGGUCGUAGCAAUGGCGGUUAUCUUCAUUUUUGCUUAUAAUGGAAUGGUAUCUACCUACGCCUGGGUUUCUGGUGGCGAACUGCCUUCUCAACGACUGCGUUCAUACACAUUCGGUGUAGCGGCAGCGAUUGGAUUCCUCGGAGCUUGGCUUACCACAUUUACUGCACCUUAUUUCAUCAAUGUGGCAGAGUUGAACUGGGGUCCAAAAUAUGGCUUUAUCUGGUUUCCGUCAUGCCUUAUCGCUGCUACAUUUAUUUACUUCUUCUUGCCAGAGGUUAAGGGGCGUACCUUGGAAGAGAUCGAUGAAAUGUUUGAACAACGUGUUCCAGCUCGGAAGUUUUCAUCGUACAAGUGUGUUGGAACUGCUGCUCUUGAUGCAAAGUUGAAGAGCUCUGGAGAUUUGAAAGAUGCAGCAUCGAGAAACUCUGGAGAUCCAAGCAAGGCUGCUGUCGAGGCUAUUGAGAACAAAGCUUGA